AUUUUCUCCACUUCAUGCAAAUGAGGAGUGAUUUUGGCCAAUCCGAUUUAGGCCAAAAUGGCCAAUCGGAUUGUUUUCUUGUUUUUCGUAAUGUAGCAACCAUGGUAAACAUUUCUAGCUACCAGUUUCAAGAUGGAGGAGAAACUAAUCGUUUGUGUGGCUGCGCACCCAGUCCUGUUUGACGAGUCUCUGUUUUCAUACGUAGACGCUAACAAAAAGAAUGAUGCAUGGCGCAGGGUCGCCGAUGUUGUCGGUGCUCCUGCUGAGGUUUGCAAAGAAAAAUUUAACUUUUUACUGGACAGCUACGAAAGGGAGAAGAACAGAGAGAAAGAGUUGAGCAGGAGUGGAGGCUUGACUAAUCACAAAUCCUGGAAGUAUGCUGCUUUGAUGGGGUUCCUGGCUCCAUUUCUGGAGGUAGAGCAGACAGCCAGACAGCGAGCCAGAAUCCCCUGCCAGUAAGGCCAGAGCUUCCCAUGCUAGUCAGGCUACAUUGAGUAUCCAGAGCCCAGCAUCUUUUGGCCGAAAGAGGGUGCGGAAAGAGAGGCUGUCAUCAUUUGAGGAGAGGAUUCUUGGUGCCCUCGAAAAAGCACAAGCACCUGCUUCUCAACCACCUCCUCAAGCAGAAGAUGAGGAUUACCUUUUUUUUAAAAGCCUUCUACCUGCGCUCAAAAGACUCCCACCAGCCAAGCGGGCAGAAUUAAAAUUGAAUAUUCACCGCAUGAUUUUUGAGGCGGAGGCGGAGAUGCAUGCCACACAGUGACGUGUAAUAAAACAGAAAUGGUCGCUGACGGA